AUGCCACGAGCUACAGAAUUGACUGACUUUGAGCGUGGGAUUAUUGUUGGUCUACACUUGGGGGGAAAACACACACAUCAGGAGAUAGCUGCUAUAGUCAGACGUUCGAAAGGAGCUGUUCAAGGUGUAAUUGAACGAUAUGUAGAUGGUGGGUUCACUACGGCCACACAACAGUCUG